UUACUGGCUGUCAUAAUCAUUUUCCAUAUGCAGAUGCUGCAUCAGUUGCUUUGAAUGAUGUACGAAGUAGUUGAAUUGUUAUUGAUUUUACUACUAGUGUUGCAAUAUUCUCCACUUUCAUCAUCUUCCUUUUCAUGUUUUUGAUUCUCAAUUCACGAAUUUGAAAUGUACCCUUUGCUCCAAUGCUUCAAAAUUUUAUGUGAAAAAUUAACAAUUUCCAUAUUCAAUGGGUUUUCUUUUUGUAAUAACUCAAUCAGUGGUGGAAAAACGACUUUAUUUCUGGUUUCUAGCCGAGGUUGACAUUGAAUUGGGGCCUGUGGCAUGAAUUUGGCUCAAUCAUUUUGGUGAUAUUAUUUCUGUUUAAUGGAUUGUAUUUCCGUGAUUAGUUUUCCUUUAAAUAUCCACUGAAAUGGAAGCAAUCAAAUGCAUGCAGUGAUCUCUCCACCUCCCACUGAGCUUCAGAUGCAGAGUUCGUCAUCUUCAUCAAAUUCUUCAGCUUUAUUCUUUUUCCUUGGAGGAAUAGUCUUUCUUACUAUAUUGCUGAUUCUCAUCGUAGUGUUCUGGAAAUUUGUCAAACCUUCAGAUAUAGUGAAGUUUUUACUAAGAAGAACUAAAAGACAGAAAGCUUCUGCAGAUUUCUGGAGUGGGAGCCUUCGAACCAUAAGCUAUUUUGAUUUCCAUACUUUGAAGAAGGCAACUAAAAAUUUUCAUCCUGGUAAUCUUCUUGGAAUAGGUGGAUUUGGACCUGUCUAUCGGGGAAAGUUAGCUGAUGGAAGAAUGGUGGCCGUUAAAAAGUUGUCUCUUGAGAAAUCUCAGCAAGGGGAAUCGGAAUUUCUUUCAGAGGUCAGGAUGAUCACAAGCAUCCAACACAAGAACUUGGUUCGACUUCUUGGCUGUUGCUCGGAUGGCCCCCAAAGGCUACUUGUAUAUGAGUACAUGAAGAAUAGGAGUUUAGAUCUCAUACUAUAUGGAAAAACCGAUCAGUUCCUGGAUUGGAAAACAAGGUUCCAAAUAAUUUUGGGGAUUGCUCGCGGAUUACAAUAUCUACAUGAGGAUUCACACCUAAGAAUUGUUCACAGAGAUAUCAAAGCAAGCAACAUCCUUCUUGAUGAUAAAUUCCAACCAAGGAUUGGAGAUUUUGGGCUGGCUAGGUUCUUCCCAGAAGACCAAGCUUACCUCAGCACUACAUUUGCUGGAACUUUAGGUUACACAGCUCCUGAGUAUGCUAUUAGAGGAGAAUUGUCUGAAAAGGCAGACAUAUACAGCUUUGGAGUGCUUGUCCUCGAAAUUAUUAGCUGCAGGAAGAACACAGAUCUAACUUUACCAUCAGAUAUGCAAUACCUCCCUGAAUAUGCGUGGAAAUUAUAUGAGAGGUCCAAUGUAAUUGAUCUAGUUGAUCCUAGAAUGCGAGAACAUGGGUUUGUGGAGAGAGAUGUUUUGCAAGCAAUCCAGGUAGCUUUCCUGUGUCUUCAACCUCAUGCAAACUUGAGGCCCCCCAUGUCAGAGAUUGUUGCCAUGUUAACGUACAAAGUUGAAAUGGUGAGAACACCUGUUAAGCCAACUUUCUUGGACAGGAGAAGUAGAAAAGAAAACAACCUAUCUUGGGAUACCAUAUCUGAGGUUUUCCCUUCUCCUUUACCAAGUGAGUCUCCUUCGUUAAGUCGACAAAAGAAGUGAGGUGGUUUCAUGUUUGACGGAAAUGAAAGAGUAGAAUUACAUAGA